AUGAACAAAAAUCCAUUUCUCCCUAGUUUUACAGCGCAACAACCUCCUCUUCCUCCUGGUCCUCCUCCUCCUCCUCAGCCAACACAUCCUGAGUAUGCUGCUUGGUGGGCAAACGCAGCUGCAGCUCAGCAAUCACAUGUACAACCUCCAACUGUAGCCCAAUAUAAUCCUCAAUGGACUGCUCCUCAAGUUCCGCGUCCUCCGCCUGAACAAAGUGCUUUAUACGCAAAUUAUGGUUAUGGAUCUCAAAAUAACCAUUGGCAACGCCAGCAGCAGCAACAGCAGCAGUAUCACCCUGCACCACAACUCGUACAACCACCUCAACCACCACCUCAGCCUGCUUAUAAUCCUUACCAGCCAACUGCUGGCUAUCCCCAGCAAUACGUUCCUCAACCUGGUCCACCUCAACCUAUCGUUCAACAGUCGUAUCCUCAUCCACCUACACAACCCCAGCAAUUUUUUGCUCCUCACCUACAACCUCAGCAACAACCUCAGCAACAGCAACCUCGCCACAUUCAUCAUACUCCUCCUCAACACCUUCCUCCAGCUAAACGACAACGAUUCGAUGGUCCCACCAACAACCGACACAAUCCAGGUCAACAUCAUCCACCACCGACACAACCACCACAACCUCAAUUCCAGCCUCCUCCCGCACCACCUCAAAACUUGGGAGUUUUUACCGGUCCUGUCCAUGGUCCCAGUCGUGGUGGAGUACCUGGCCAUACUCCUAUGGGAGGCAACCGGGGAGGUGCCGUUGGCGGCCGUGGAGGUAUUUCUGGCGGUGGAGCUCGUGGUGGAAGGGCAGGUUCAAUGUCCGGCAACAGAGGUGGCCUAGGUGGUCGUGGUCGAGGCGGUAGCUUCGUUGGAGGGGGUGGUGGAGGCGGACGGGGAGGUGGACAACCAAAUGGACCCUUGAGAGGACACGGGUCAAGGGGAAAUUUCGGGGCAAACAGAGAUUAUGGGGGUAGACGAGGUGGUGGAUCAUUCAAUAAUGGGAGUGGAGGAGGAUCAUUCCGUGCUCGCAACCAAGGUGGCAAUCGAGGCGGUCGACACGAUGGAGGGAGUAGUGGCUCCGCGUUCAACUCCAGAGAUGGAACUGCGUUAUCGAACGUCACCAAUGGUAAAAAGGAAGAGAAUCGAAGGACGCUUACAGACUUCAAGAUGGUUGGCCUCUCAAUCCCUGACUUGGAUUGGACUUGGGGCGUGCUACCACCUUCACCCCAGGUGAAGAUAGAAAUGAAAGAGACGGUCAAAGUUGGUUUGGAAGAGUCAAACGUCGUUGUAAAAGAUGAGGAGAUGGAGGACGAUAGUAUCUUGCAGGGGGCCGACUCGUCAAAAUCCGCAGCGGAACCUCAGGUUGAUUCAAAAGCUGAGGCACCAUUAGAUCCUAUGCAUGAUGUAAUGGUGCAGGACACGCCUACUCAAGGGUCCCAAGCUAUAACAACGGCUUUGCCGCGAGUUUCAUCGGACGUGAAUUCCAAUACGCCUCCACCAUCACGAAUCAGGAUAUAUUUUCAUACUCCAGUCACUGCUGAUGAUGCUCGCCCAAUUCCUAAUAGCUCUUCUUUUUCGUAUACGGAUGCCCCUUCAGACACCAGGAAAGGAAAGCGAAAGAAGAUUGAGGACGACGACGCGGAUGGAGAUCUGGAUGACAGUCGAGCUCCUCCGCCACCUCCACAAAUGGCUGGCCUCAACGAUGACCGGUCGAGUGUGGCUGCUAGUGUAGCACCAAGUGUGGCUGAAACUGCGAGUGAAGCCGAUUGGUUAAUGGCUGCCAUUGUCGAAGGUGAAGAGGAAGAUGAGGCAGCCGGUGAGUUACAUCCUCCAGACGACGAGGAAGAGGACAGUGAUCAUAUGCAUGCCCCUGCCAUAAACAAAUUGUCACGGAAUGAUGAUAUUAAAGGUGAAAUGAUUGAUGGCAUUAUUCAUAAUGAUGAUGUAAAUUUGGCGGAGGCGGUGGCUCUUGAGCCUCGUCCAGCGGUAUCUGAGGAAACGGACAGAUCCCUUCCGAGAGAUGAAGUCUCAGCUGUUUCUGUUGCCCCUGUUGUCUCCUCUUCUGGUGUUGUGCUUGAGCAUGUGUCGGUGGAUGGGCCCAUCAAUGGUGUCGAUGCCCCUUUGGCGACGGACAGCGAGUUGGAGCGAACUGAAGGCUUUGCCUUGCCGUCUCCGGACGGUCAUGUUCUUACUGCGCCCUCUGCUUCAGAGGAGCCACCUGUUUCUAUUGCCGCCGAUGCCAUUUCUUCCUCUCAGAAUGACUCUCUGCUCUCUGAAUCUGUCGAGGAACAACCUACUAACCAUCUUGUAUCUGUUCCUACGCAGAUUUUGGACAAUUCAUCAAUAACUCCUGCAAAAUCACUCUCAGCACUCUCAGCGGAUGCGACCCUGCUGAGUAUCGAAACGCAAAAUGUCGAAACUCAAGAGACAAGCCUUGUAGACAAUGGCCCAUCCAUCGUCGUAAACGGCCAUGACGACGAUUCUUCUGCAUCCAAAAUCCACUCUGUUGAAAUGGAUUCUAUUCACGCAGACCAUCUCCCAGAACCACCCGCAUCUCCAACUUCCAACACACUUUUGUCAACAUCGUCAACAUCAACCUUUGAAGACUCCUUGCCUUUUCCUGUCGUUAAAGCUGAAGUCAAUUCAGCGAAAAUUCCAUCAGCAAAUCGCCUGUCGCUAUCAUACGCUGGUGGCAACCGGCGACUUGUCAUUGAUGCUGAGGUUGUCAAGUCGCUCAAGGUCUUCCGUCAAGAGGGCCGUAUCGAAGUUGUCAUUGAGAUAGGCAAAGAGGGAGAUGAUGGAUUGAAAGGAAUAGUCUUGGAAGGCCUUUCCGAUGUUACAAAGUCCUACUUGCCUCUUCCUACUUUGUUGGACAGUUCUGUCGAUGGUGACCCCGAUAUCACCCUGCCUCCAUUCUCAAAAGCAACUUUACCUUCGACCUUGACACUACUUGUCCACCUUGACACAACACGGCCAUUGUCGGAGCCCAAAUGGGCCAAAACAGGUGAUAUACAAGAUUGGUUGAAGAGCAUGUUCGGUCGAAUGUUUUGGGUCUCUGGAGAUGCAGCAGAAGGCUGGGAAAAGAAAAUUCAAGUUGUUGAUCCUGACCCGGCACCUACAAUCUGGACUGUGCUGGAUGGCUGGGCGACCAAUUCACCUGUGGGCGCCCUUAAUGAGCGUCAACGUUUCUUGAAGACCCAUUUGACGGAAACGGACAAUGUCUUGGAAAUUCUUCUUCGACUUGUCCGUGGCGAGCGAGCUACCCCCUUUUCGCAAACUGCCCCAACGAUAUCUGGGCCCAGCAUAUGUGGCCCUCUUCUAUCAGCGCUGUCCCCGGGCUCUGCCCAUGGCGCUCAACAAACCCAUGUAUCCCUUGCAGUUCUUGCCAUGUUCCGCAUGACGGUGGAGUAUGCAAAAAAGGCUUUGGGAGCCAAAGGCAAGGGCGAAGUUGAGGAACGAGUUGGAGAAAUCAUAAGAUGUCUUCCAUCGCAUCUAAUCUACAAAAGCUUGGAUGGCAUAUUCAAGGAGUGGAGGGUAGAGAAGAAAGGGCGGUAA